AUGACGCCAAUAAAAAAGGAAAUUAAAACAAGAUUCCCAGUUGCCCGCAUUAAACGAUUAAUGCAAUCAGACGAAGAUAUUGGCAAAGUUGCUCAAGCUACCCCUAUUAUUGUCGCCAAAGCCCUUGAGCUUUUUAUGGUCUCACUCAUUGAAGAAUCUUGUAAACAAGCCCGUGACCGUAACGCAAAACGCGUCACCCCUGCCCAUCUCAAACAAGCCGUUAAAUCCGUCGAACAUUUCGAUUUCCUCGAAGAUACUGUCAGAAAGUACCCAGAUCCUGUCGGCCCCGCUGUUCCAUCUCCUGCUGCCGCCGCUGCUGCCGCCGCCGCCGCUGCUGCUGCUGCUGCUGCGGCUGCUGCCGCUGCGGCAACUACAAGUGCUGAGAAUGAGACUUUUGAGGCGUCCGCAGGAUCAGACGCAGUUGCAGCUGCUACUGCAGAAACAGAAACAGCCCUUAGCGCAUCCUUGUCGGCGGCGGGUCCCGACGACGAGUCUGAGGAUUCGGGGUCCAGUCAGUCGAGCGAUGAAUAG